AUGGCUUCUAGCAAAGCAUGCCGAUUCCAAGUGUCUGAUGAAGUCGGCUGGACAAACUUGUACAACAUGUAUUGCUUUCGUUCUUUUUGCCUCGCGAUAUAUGUUGCCAGGCUCAAGAUCGGGUCGGGGCUGCCCCCGUGGCCAUCGCCCGGUGCCGCCUCGCCGGCCCCCACCCUCGUCCUCGCGCCCCCGUCCCCUCUCCCUCGACGACUCCCCUCGCCGCGCAGACCGCGACCGCGCCCUCGACGCCCGCCGCCGCCCCACCGCUCGAAGCUGGAGCCACCACGCCGGCCCUGCUCCGACGCCGUCGCCCUGGACAUCGCCGCCUCGUCCUCGACCGCCCCGCCUCGCCCCCGACGCAGCACAACGAGCCGCCGCCCGAAGCUGCUCAGCGCCCCGCCGCCUUCGUCACCGACGACCACCUCGCCGGACGCCUUCGUCGCCUCCUCCCCUGCGUCGCCUCCUCCCCUGCGUCGCCUCCUCCCCUGCGUCGCCUCGUCUCCGUGCUCCUCCCCGCGCCCGCUGCCACUCCCCUACGGCAGCCGUGAGCACCUCCCGCUCCUCCUCUCCCCUCUGCCCCCGUCGCCGGAUCUGACUGCCGCCGUCUGCGUACGCCCGUGCUCACCCCGCCCCCGCGUUUCGCUCACCGCGACCUUCCCCGUGCGCCCCGUCUACGCUCGCCGCACCCAGGGCAUGCCCUGGCUGCGCCCGCGGCUGCCCGUGGCCGUGCUCCUGCCGCCUCCCGUUUCCGCCACCACACUGCCCCCUCGCCGAGGACACCUCGUCGCCGAGGACACCUCGCCGACAGAGUCCCGCCGGCACCCCCAGCGGACCCGGCCGCGGCCGCUCCCGGCGACCGCCCUGCUCCAUCGGCGGCCUUGGCCGAGGCCCCCCUGCUACGCGGGCAUGCCCAGCCGAGGCCACGGCCUCGCCCUCGAUGGGCGCCUGCAACCGCGCCCGAGAACCGCGCCCGUUCGCCCGCUAGGGCUCCCCCUGAGCCACUGA